CUAGCCUGCAUGUCAUUGGAUCCACUGAGCUACUUAGAUUUCAUUCGAUCCAUUGAGCUGAGCCAGCCAUGACGAACGGGUACCUCUUCCGGGAGUACAUCGGCGCGCAGUUCACCGGCGUCCGGUUCUCCGACGUGCCCGUGAACACCGGCGUGAGCUUCCACUUCAUCCUCGCCUUCGCCAUCGACUACCUGGCGAGCCAGCAGUCCAAGCCCACGCCGACCAACGGCGUCUUCAAGCCGUUCUGGGACACGGGCAACCUCACCCCGGCCGCCAUGGCCGCCACCAAGGCGGCCCACCCUAACCUGAGCAUCAUGGUCAGCAUCGGCGGCGACACCGUCCAGAACACGGGCGUCAACGCCACCUACGCCCCGACCUCCGUCGACUCGUGGGUGGCCAACGCCGUCUCCUCCCUCUCCGCCAUGAUCAACCAGUACGGGCUGGACGGCGUGGACGUGGACUACGAGCACUUCGGCACCGACGUGGACACCUUCGUGGAGGGCAUCGGCCGCCUGCUCACCCAGCUCAAGGCCCGCUUCCCCAACAUCCGCACCUCCAUCGCGCCCUACGAGCUCCCGGUCAACCAGAAGUACUACCAGGCUCUGUGGAGGAAGUACUCCGGGGUCAUCGACUACGUCAACUUCCAGUUCUACGGCUACGGCGCCAACACCGUCGUCCAGUACUACGUGCAGUUCUACGACGAGCAGGCGCGCAACUACCCCGGCUCCGGCGGCACCAAGCUGCUCGCCAGCUUCAAGACCGGCAACGUCACCGGCCUGCUCUCGCCGGAUCAAGGCAUCAGCGGCGCCAAGGAGCUCCAGCGGCAGGGCAAGCUGCCGGGGAUCUUCAUCUUUUCGGCGGAUAGCUCUAAGAUGAGCCCCUACCUGUUCAAGUAUGAGACCCAGGCGCAGCAGCUCGUCGCCAACCACUAAGUAAGUGGUGGAUUCGAUCCGCUAAUAAGUGAGUAAGACAAGUUUGCUGCAUACAGCAUACGUACGGGGUCAUGUAUAUCCCGGAUAUGUACUGGGACUAAAUAAAUGCCGUGUACGUACUCAAGCUUGAAUAAGCGGCACCUACUUUGGUUUGCUCUA